AUGGCGCUGGCACCGAGUGUGACCAACGAACAGGUCAUUGAACCUGAAGUCGACAAAGUCGGACUGUUUGAUUAUGUGGACAAUCUCAUGGAGGUUCCCACAGAUACAGACACGACCUCCAAAGGAGGAAAGUCUACAAACUCUUCCAAGGGAAGAAACAGACAUAAGAAUGAGCUACCUAAAGCUGGCGGAAAACUUCCCAAGGGGGAGGCCGGCGGGGUGGAGAAGGCACUAAAGCGGCUCGCUGAGGGCCAGGCAGAGCAGUCACAGACCAUGGAGGAAAUUGGGUCAGUGCUUGAUCUGAUUAGCAGUCGACUGGCUUCAGGCGGAGAUUCACGGAAUCAGCCGAGCACUUCCGAACGUCUGCAAGAUGGCGGCGCCCAUGAUAGCUCGCAGGAAGGCGACAGUGAAAGCGAUGUUGAUGAUAUGGACAUGCUUGUGACAAAUUGCAUGAAUGCAGGUGUCUCCAAGGAGAAAGAGCAACAUGAUAACGACGACUGUAUCGACAUUGACAGUCUAAUGGCUGACAUGAGAGAGUUCUUUGACGAAGAAGAUGAAACGGGGGCCGAGAUACUCCCUGAGCUUGCAAAAUCCCUCAAUGAUGGUUUAGCAAAGAGCCCAAAUAUGGAGAAACUCAAACCUUUGAUGGAAAAAUACAAGAGGCCGAGAAAUACAGAACUCUUGGUAGUUCCUCGUGUUAAUGAGGAAAUUUGGAAUGAGGCAAGGCCUCACACUAGAGGUCGUGAUCUGAAACUGCAACAGACACAAGGUUUGCUGUUCUUUCAGGGGUCACAAGAAAGGCUACCCAGUGAAAGGAAGAGGUUCCCAUUAUGGGACUACCGAACGGGGAAGAUCAACCCCUACACAGGGCACUUACAGACAGGGUGGUUUUUUAGGCAAGCGGUCAUCCGGCACAAGACACGACCUGCAGAAACAAUAACUUCCUCAAGUCCAUAUGAACAGUGUUAUCGGGCGAGUCCUACGGAAGAUUCAGGGAGAAGAAGCCGAUGUACUGAUGGUGAUUCCAAUCUGGACAACACAACCCUGGUUCAGCAAAGUACUGCAAUUACUGACCGACUGCCCAAGGAUACUACCAAGAUCACCAGACCUUCUUACCUUGAGCAACAGUCCAACAGCCAGACAUCCCCUGUACAAAAAGCUGAGACUAGCAGCCGUCAAGUUAUCAGGGAAGCAGUACAAAGUGAAGGAAUUUCAGAACAAGCUACAGACAUCAUUCUGCAGUCAUGGAGAAAUUCCACACACAAACAGUAUGGGGGUUAUCUCCAAAGAUGGAUGCUGUUUUGCACACAAAAGGAUGCUGAUCCCUUUUCACCCCCUUUAAGGAUUGGGUUAGAUUUUUUGGUAGAACUGUAUAAGAGUGGCUUAAGUUAUUCAGCUGUGCAUACUGCAAGGGCAGCUCUGUCUAGUGUGAUAGUGUUAGAGAAUAGUAUAGUGUUUGGACAACAUCCAAAAGUGGUGAGGUUAAUGAAAGUUAUCUUUAAUCUCAGACCAGCUUUGCCACGUUACAAUGUUACAUGGGAUGUAGGAAUAGUUCUGAAUUACAUUAAGAGUUUGGAUGUCAGUGAAUCCUUGAAAAUGUUGACAUGGAAGUUAGCAACAUUACUGUUGCUUCUUUCAGGACAGAGAAUACAAUCCCUUCAUCUUAUUGAUUGUAGGAAUGUGAAUGUGUCAGACAGUGAUGUGAAAAUUAGAUUUGGUGAUCUGCUAAAACAAAGCAGACCUGGGUAUCAUCAAGCUGAGCUCACACUCAAUAGCUACCCAGACCAAGAACUGUGUAUUGUGAACACUAUGAGUCAGUAUUUGAGAAGAACAAAGGAACUUCGUGGAGCACAGACAGCUUUGUUCAUUACCACGACUAAGCCACACAGAAGAGCAUCAAAAGACACUAUAUCCAGAUGGGUGAAGACUGUCAUAAGAACUGCUGGUAUUGAUAUGACUGUGUUUGCACCACACAGCAUAAGAUCAGCCUCCACAAGCAGUGCAUGUAGACACAGAGUGCCUCUUAAGACUAUUCUGCAAACUGCAGGCUGGAAAAGUAAUUGUGUAUUUGCUAAGUUUUAUUGCAAGCCUGUUUCUCAAACGGGUAGUUUUGGUGAUGCCAUCUUAGAGUCAAGUGUUGACUAAACCUCGGCUGGGUUGACAUGUACACAAGUACUGAUAUUCUCAGGAAG